AAACCUACUGCGCAAGGGAUUGUGGGAUUUGCCGAACCCACUGCGUCGCCUUUACUCGAGACUCGCGCGCCGAAGGCAAGAAGAAAUGGCCAAUCAGUCAAUGGACAUCGUAGCAAAGGCGCUGGAGCAGCAAAUGCUGCACUCAGCAAGGAUUGUUGAGGAGCAGAUUGACACUGAACUGGACAAGUUGGACCGCAUGGAUGAGGAUGAACUCGAGCGUCUCAAAGAAAGGAGGCUGGAAGCUCUCAAGAAAGCCCAGAAACAGAAGCAGGAAUGGAUUUCCAAAGGUCAUGGUGAAUACAAAGAGAUCCCAAGUGAAAAAGAUUUCUUUGCUGAAGUUAAAGAAAGCAAGAAUGUGGUUUGCCAUUUCUACAGAGAUUCCACUUUUAGAUGCAAAAUUCUGGACAAACACUUGAGUAUCCUGACAAAGAAGCAUUUGGAGACAAAGUUCAUCAAACUAAAUGUAGAGAAGGCUCCAUUCCUCACAGAGAGGCUUAGGAUUAAAGUUAUUCCUACGCUUGCGCUGGUGAAAGAUGGGAAGACUAAGGACUACAUAGUUGGCUUCACUGAUUUAGGUAACACAGAUGACUUCUCGACUGAAAUGCUAGAGUGGAGACUGGGCUGUUCAGAUAUCAUCAACUACAGUGGAAAUCGCUUCGAGCCACCUACGCUUGGGCAGAAACCAGGGGCAAAGUUCACCAAGCUGGAGAAAAAGACGAUUAGAGGGAAAGGUUAUGACUCGGACUCUGAAUCUGAUGAUGAUUAGGAAACCUUUUUCUCAGGCUUUCCUACAAUCUUUGUAAAAUUUAUUUGCUUUGUUCCUCUGACUUCUUUGUAUGCCACAUUGUUUCCAUAUUAAAUUAUGUUUUAUGAUGAAUGUGCUUCCAAACACACAAGACUGCAUUAUAAUUUAGACAACACUUGGGCAGGGAGUCUUUACUCCCCUAGUCUUGUCUACCUGUAUUUGGACUGAAAGACGUGGAGCCUCACUGGCUUAAAACGCUUAAUGAACAUCACACAAGUGCCCCGGAAGCUACCGUUACUGUAAUCCCUGUUUGAUUCAUGUGAACAGAAACUCUGAUUUUCUUAAUUUUUAUAGCCUAGCAAUAAAUCACUAAAAGAAACUUCUCAGCACUGACUCCUGCCAACAGAAAUGUAGAUUAACUGAUAGACACAAGUUCAAUAAAUCCAGUGAGAAUUGUUCUUUAA